UGCACCUCCGAAGCGUGAGAAUCCCUUCUUUCUCCAAAGCAAAUGCACCUUCUAUAAAAGCACUUUCCCUAAAAGUAGUAACACCAAACGAACCAUGCGCCCCAUGUCGAGCCUCAACUCCAAAGGCAUUGCUGCCAUCGUCGGCAUCGGCCCUAAGCUCGGCCACUCCGUCGCACGCAAGUUCGCCUACGAGGGCUACACCGUGGCCAUCCUCGCCCGCGACCUCGCUAAACUGUCCAAGUUGGCCGACGAGAUCGCCUGCGAAGCCAAGGGCCAGGUGUUCGCCAUCCGCAUCGACUGCUCUGACCCCAAGUCCGUGCGGGAGGCCUUCGAGGGCGUGCUCUCACUCGGUCCUGUCGAGGUGCUCGUGUACAACGCAUGUGCAACCGCCGCGCGAUGCCCCACCAACUUCAUGGCCAUCACCGUCGACUCCUUCCAAUACUCCCUCGCCGUCUCCGCCGCAGGGGCUUUCCACUGUGCCCAGCAAGUUAUUCCUGGGAUGGUUGAGAGGGGAAGGGGCACCAUCAUCUUCACAGGCUCUUCCGCUUCUCUUACUGGUUCUGCGGGCUAUUGUGAACUAAGUUGUGGUAAGUUUGCUCUAAGGGGAUUGGCUCAGUGCCUCAUGAGGGAGUUCCAAGCAUCUGGCAUCCACGUUGCUCAUGUAGUCAUUAACGGCGACAUCGGUGCUUCGAGAUCAAGGGGAAAUGCGAACGCCGACUUGUCCAUGGAUCCCGAUGCGAUAGCGCAGAGUUACUGGCAUAUACAUAACCAGGACAAGAGCGCAUGGACGCAUGAGAUCGACCUACAUGCACCAAACCUGGGAUUCUGAUUGUGAACUUAGGAGGUCUCAUUAUGUAAUCAUCAUUCCAUUAGUGCUGCAUAAUAUAGAUGAAGAUUCAUUGAUAUCUUUUGUACGCAUCAAUGCUUGCUGGGCCCAUGGAGAAUUACUGGGUAUCCAAAUGGGUGAAUAGGAGGAAAAGAUCAUAUGGCAAUGAGAGGGGCUGUCUCCUUUGGGUGAACCAAGUUGCACGUAGGUAAAUGUCAAACUAUUAUCUACUGCUAAAUUUCUUGUUGGUGUAUGCCAAUCUUACCAAUAUAUUCUGCACUAGAUGAGUACUAAAUUUAUUUAAUUACGAUGAUUGCUAAACGAGUGGAAAACCAAAUGAUGAUGAUCUAUAGACGGCAUUUUGAGUUUCA